GUCCUUCAGGACCAAGUCGCGGGAGCCUGUUCGUGAAGAUUCACCGUCCCUCACAAUCUUGCACGUCACCCACAAGAUGCUGGGGCAUCGCACUCCGCCCACACGACCCCUCCCGUCCGUUCCGACUCUCCAUCACAGGAAGGAAACCGUAACGCAGGUCGUUGCCGCCAACGGUCCAUCAACAUCACAUCGGCCGGUGCCGUCGCACAAUCACACCGUCCAACGCGUCAGUCGCUCCACCACCCCAUCGACGCUGCGUAUCCUCCCCUAUGAGACACUUGGACGGCUGUAUUUGCGUUAUUUGGAGCAGGUGGGGGAGGAUGAGGAUGAGGAGGAUGCUUCUGCCGGGAUACGGAAAAGCGUUGCACAACGCCCAUUGGUGGAUCAGGGCGAUGACAGCGCGUGGGAGGAUGAAGUGGACACCAGCGGUGGGACUGUAUGGGAAAGUAGCGCAACGGGUAGUGAUGGCCCCACCUUGAGCUUCGGGCUUCCUCGGAUUCUAGAUACGAAGGGACGGUUUUUGGUCUUUGAUGGGGUGGAGUUGACUGUGGGUGGGAGGGGUUCGGUGCGGAGGACGCCGAGGAAGAGGAGAAGACGACGGGUGAUGGACAGAUCUAGAGGGAUUGGGGAUCUGGAGGCAUCGUUAGGAAAGGUUCCCAUCGGCACCUUGGCAGAACUAGACGUCGGACGGACAAGGACAAAUGAUUCCCAGCAGCACUUACGGGAGGUAGUCAACAGGCCGACGGGGUCGGAAGCAAAUGGCACGGUUCGAUCCAUCAAAGACCCGGUCAGAUUCACCAUCCCGGCCGCCAAAGCCCUCCAAUGCCGCAUGCGGCACCGCAAUGGUACACUCACCCGCCCACCCGUACCGCACCGUAGUAUCUCCCACGGCAUCUACAGCUCCGCCCGAACCAUCCACCGCUCCUUCUCGAGAAAACCCCGGCCAACUCUCCCCCAACUGCAUAUCUGCACAAUCCCCCACUCCAUCCCCUUCCCCGCCCGUGUCCUCCACCUCAUCUUCGCCUACCUUCCCUCCCCGCAUGCCUUCGCCUCAACCUGCCGGGCCUCGCACCAAGCCUCGCGCGCGCCUCAGGCCCGGGGUAUGUUCUUCCUGUAUCGGUACGGCGCGAUCGACGCGAUUGCUCAUGCCUUACUCGGACCGUACCAUCGCGGCACGUACAUGGCGGUGUUGGAGUGGUUAUUGCGCGCCGGGGCCGUGCUCCCGCGGUGGAUUGUGCAGAUGGCGGCGAUUGAUCGGGAUGUGAGGAGAGUGGAGAAUCAAAAGAAGAUUACGCCGGCUGCUGGGACGGCGGGUGAUUCUGUCCGUACCCCUCGCAGAGAAGGACGACGACGGGAACGGAUUAAGCGGCGCAUUACGGCCGCGAGACGCCCGACCGCUGCUCCGUCCCUCGACCCAGCGACCGCGCAUAGACCGCGCUGGACGACGGCGUGGACGGCAGGAACGUUGAACCGGAUUUUGAAAACGGGGCGGAGGAUGUAUGGCCCGGAUGCGAUACAUAGCCGUGAUUGGGACGCGGUGGCGGACAUUGUGUCUGCCAUCAAAGCUAGUCAGAGCGGGGCUGGCCAUGCGCUCGAUGAUGCGGGGGUGCGGAUGCUUGUGGAUGUGCUGAGGAGGUAUUUCGAUGAGUAUCAUUACUCCCCGUUCAAGGUUUAUGAUAUCGAGGUGGAACCUUCCCCGCCGCCGCCACCAAUACCUUUCCCUCGCCAUCGCAAUCGCAAACAAUACACCUCCAACCCACCCCCACCCCCACCUCCAAACGACCAUCUCCUCACCGACAUCUUCGAACCCCGCGACACCCCCACCUCCAAACGCCGCCGCAAGGCCAACCGCAAUAACCAGCACCACCACUACCACCCCGCCUCCCUCCGCUCUCUCACUUCCCUUGCCUCCUCCCCACCAACCCUCCCCCACUCCUCACCACCCACUCUCCCCCACCCGCCAACCCUCUCCUCCACCACCUCCUCCCAGUCAACCUCAACAUCAUCAUCAACCCUCCCGCCCAUCCCGCUGCAUAACCUCCAUCCUGCCGCGGAUAGGGCGUUGAUGAGCCGGUUUAUGGAUGAGGUGAAUGUUUGGGUUGGGAGGUGGGAUGUGGAGGCGUGGCUUGGGCAUUGCAACGCUGUAGCGUAAAGUAGUUCAGAUGCGUACGGAGCACUUCCAUACCACGGCGUAAGCGAGCGCAGGCGCUCAGGAAGGAUAUUACGGCGUGAACUGGUCCGUUCUGUUCUACUUUUGGUGU